AUGGAAGUCAGAAAGCGAACAGCGAAACAGGAGAAGCAUCCUCAUCACCACCAUUUUUCCGCAAGUGAUGUGGUCCAUGAAACCGCUGAGGUCACACGGGAAGUAGUCGAGAAGGUUGCUGAGAAGUUGACGUGCAUGUGGGACGAACUCCAGGAAUGGCAGAGGGAUAAUCAAUUUAUCAGAUCUGGAUAUCGCCCAGCGACAGCGUCAUAUCUUAAGUCAUUGAAGUCAUUAUCAUAUUGGCAUAAUGAGACCGUAAACAUUUAUAGCCACCUUCUCGGGGCCGUCUUCUUUGGGGUUCUAUCUUCGAUCCUCUACGCCACCUUGUCGCCUCGGUACCCAUCAGCAAGUACGGGAGAUAUCUACGCCUUCCUUAGCUUUUUCAUCGGAUGUCUGUUCUGCCUGGGCAUGUCGGCGUUUUACCAUACCGUAAGCAAUCAUAGCCAUGAAGCGGCAAAAUUAUGGAACGUACUGGACUACGUGGGGAUUGUGGGGUUGAUCACCGGGAGCUUUAUCCCGAGUGUUUAUUAUGGGUUUAAGUGCGAGACGCUUAUCAGAGAUGGGUAUUGGAUUAUGAUCUGCACUAUUGCGGUUUCAUGCGCCACAGUAUCCGUUCAUCCGCAUUUCAGAACACCAAAGUAUCGUCCUGUUAGGACAUCGAUGUUUGUAGCUAUGGGACUCUCCGGUGUGCUUCCCAUAGUACAUGGGAUACAGUUACAUGGGAUUGAGGAGGUGGAGAGGAGGUCGGCGAUGAGUUGGCUGUUGGCGGAAGGUGCCGCUUAUUUGGUUGGAGCGUUGUUGUAUGCGGCAAGAGUCCCGGAGAGGUUGAUGCCCGGGAAGUUUGAUAUCGUGGGGUCGAGUCACCAGAUAUUCCAUAUUUUGGUGCUAGUUGGUGCUGGGUGUCAUUUGAAGGGGAUGGUGGUGUCGUUUGAUAAUGCUCAUUCGAAUGGUGUUCAGUGUCCAUGA